UAAAUGCGCUCCCACAGGCGACCGUGGAGCAGACAGGCUAAUCGCAGGCCACUGUGAGACGGGCACACCUUCCACCGAUUUCGCCAAGGUGCACACGGGAUGCGUUCUGAUUCACGAAAAGAUUCAAGAGUCGACUCGUAUUUUCUUCCAGCAACAUCGCAGUUUGGCGACUUUUGCGCGUAGGUUUCCAGCCCGCUCGGCUCCAAGUCCCAAGAUGACGGGAGUUUUUGAGAACUUAAACACCGAUAUGCAUUCGAACCAAAUUACCUCAAAUAAUUAUCACAGCUUGCACAAAUCGCAGGAGUCCCCGACGCUCCCAGUGUCCACGGCUACCGACAGCAGCUAUUACAACAGCCAGCAGCCCGGCCACUGCGCCGGAUCUCCGUUUGGCCAACUCGGCUCUUACCAGUACCACAGCAGCGCCGCAGGCUCUGUGCCAUACAACACAAAGUCCUACGACCUGGGUUUCAACUCAUCCUAUACUGCAUACAGCUCUUACGGCUCCAACUCCUCUCCCACGCCAGCUGACACAGAGAAAGAAGAGAGCGAGCCAGAAAUCCGGAUGGUUAAUGGAAAACCAAAGAAGGUCAGGAAACCUCGAACUAUUUACUCCAGUUUCCAGCUGGCUGCACUUCAACGGAGGUUUCAGAAGACGCAGUAUUUGGCUCUACCAGAACGGGCCGAGCUGGCGGCAUCGCUGGGCCUUACGCAAACACAGGUCAAAAUCUGGUUCCAAAACCGCCGCUCCAAGUUCAAGAAGCUGUGGAAAAGCGGAGAAAUCCCCCCAGAACAACAUGUUGCUUCCAGCGAAUCUCCCCCGUGCACUUCUCCGCCGACCACUGCCUGGGAAUUUCCACAGACUCAGAGAAUGAACAGCGUCAGCUCGAGUUUACCUCAGAGCUCCAGUCCCCCUAACACGACGGCGCCUUCCUCGUUUUUGGCGAACUACUCCUGGUACACCACGAACUCUACGACGCAUCUGCAGCCUCCUCUGGUCCAGCAUCACCACAACGCCGCCAUCAGCGCCGGGGCCAUUUUCUGAAAUAUAUCUGAAAGAAAAAGGAGAAAAAAACAUUGGGUUUUAACGGGACAAUGAUAGUAAAAUGCCAAUAGCAUCAUUUUAUAGACCACGUGUGCGCAUUUACACACACAAUUUUAGGAGAAAUGAAUGUUGCAAGUCAGGUUCAUGGACCAAUUGCCGGAUGAUAGACACAGAUUUCUACAGUUAUUUUUGUAUUUAUUUAUUUUGUUUAUGCGAGGGAUGAAUGAACCACUGUAACCCAAAGCAAUCACAGCCGUGGGCGCCAGCCUACCUUUAUGCGGACGUCAUUUUCCUCUCCUUCUUUUUCAUUCCUGCAAAAUGAAACGUCGACAGCAGGACGACCUGUCACAGAUGUAGCACAAGUAAACUGUAUCGUGCCUUUUUCAAUAUGACCUCAUUUUGUUUAAAAAAACAUUUUACCUUUAUUCAUUCCUCUCUUGUUGAUUUCAAUAUAAAGUGUCUUGUCACACGUUGUAAAUAGUUUUACCGCAGCUUUUUAUUUUUUAUUUUUUUGAUAGCCCAUUUCGCUUUCACUCAUUAUCAGGCUGUUAGAUGCAAAUCCGUUUGCCACCGUAAGCUACUGAUUGUCCCAUCCUCUGAUUUACCUGCUUGUCUAUUCAACUUAAUUGUAUUUUUGUCUUAUUUAUUUUAGCGGUGUUCAAUAUAUGGCCAGACGUUAUUUAAAUAAAAAUGUUUUCGUGA